AUGAAGGAGCGGGUGGAUUCCACCAAGGUUCUGCGGGAGCCUAACGUCAACGGCCCUGCCCCGGAUGCUGCUGCCGUCGCUGGUGGGGUUACCAAGUUAGAUUGUGUGGAUAUUAAAGCGGAGGUCAAGGAAGAGGAUGGUCGGAAAUCUGGCGACUCUCGGCCACCCUCAAGAAAAAUACCCAAUGGGGAGUCAG